AUGAGCUUCUUUUCUAGUAUUUACGCGAAGGUUUUGGGAACGAACUCAAAGAAAUCGGAGGAAACCAGUUCGGACGGUGGAAACGGUUUCGCAGAAGCAUACGACAAUGAAGACGGCUUUGUAUUGUACACUCCUUAUCAAAACAAGCGAUGCAAGGUAUGGAACACAAUUUGUUUCCUCGAGCUAGCUCUAGGAAGAGGAGAAAUAACUAGAGUAACACGGUCAAUCUUAGGAGCUAAGUUUCUUGAUUUUAUUGGUGUAAAUAAAAAUAAAAGUGUAAAAUAGCGUGUGCCUUAUUGGUUAGAUUAGACCGUUAGGUGGAAGAACUAUGUCGGAUCUUUCGACACAAGCUUAAACUGGAUCUUCAGUAUUCGUGUUUAUCUCGCCAGCAGUAUUUUUUUAAAUAGCCUCUCAUCUUUCCAGGUGAUUUCUUGGAUUACAGGCCAAAGUUAUAUAUAAUUUUUCAAAUCAUGCAUUAUUUGACUGAUAAUUAUGAAAUAUUUGGUUAUAAAAACGCUGUAGAGUAGUUUCCUUGUCCGCAUCGACCAAUGCUUUUGCAGGUGAUUUCACUCCACACCAUAGGAGACGGAAAUGGUCAACAGAAUUUCCUUAUGGACAUGUAAAAAGUCACCUGUAUAGUUUGAUUUUGUUGAGAAGACAUAAGCUACUGAAUCUAUGGAAUCAGAUAAAUAAACUGCAGUGAGCCUUAGGGAUUGUUACUCAGUAGUACUUGUUCUUUGCUGAUCAACUGAAGACCCCAGCAUACCCAAGUCAUACUUCAGAGUGGGCUUGAAAUCCAUGUUACCUAAAAAUGAUUUUUGAACAAUUCUUACUCAAUCACAAGAGACUUGAUUUUUGCAAGUUUUGGGAAGUGAAAAAGAACCAUUUAGUUAGAUGUGACAGAGUAAAACCCAACUCUGGAGGCCAAGAAAAAUGCUGUAAUUCAUAUUUUCCUAUGUUGCUAUGUAAGGUGUGAAGUGAAAAAGUGAAAAUUUUCCUCCCUGUUUAAAUAUAAAGCCUUCUAAUCUUAGAUUUUACUCAUUGGAUUAUUAUCUAAGUUUUUUCAGUUGAGGCUUGAUAAAUGUGCAUUUUUUAUUUUGAAGAAAGUUUGGUCUUGUCAUACCCUUGGUAGAAUAAUUGUUGAUUCAGUUUUUUUAGGUAAAAUCAGAUUUACUAUUUCCCCAUUCCUACAAUUCAACACCAAAGUUUUCUAAACCAAGCUCUAAUAUAUUGUUAUUAGUUACCUUUUUCUCCUUUACCAAUUCCUCAAUCGAAAGAGGGUGGCAAAGAUUUUAUAUGCAAUGAGUAAUAAAGGCCAAAAUUAUUAAUAUUUGAUGCAUGAAUAUUAAAGAAAAGUGAUUUUGACUUAUGUAUUUAUGAACCAAUAUGAAGCAUGAUUUGAGUCCUGAAAUAUUGGUGACCCAUGAAUGUUUUGUCUUAUAUUGUGGAAACCUCAAGAUUUCCUUGAAACAUUGUACACAGGAAGAGAGAUAUGAAGGUUUCCCUCUUAAAUACAUGUACAUGACGCAUGACUUUUUCAAAAAAUUGAGCUUGAAAUGGGAUCAGUUUCCCCCUCUGCUACCCUCUCAAAUUAUGCAAUAUUUUUCAAUCAAAAGAAAUCUGUAGAUGCUCUAGUCUCCUAUUUUCAUGGUCAUUUUUCCUGUGGGAAAUCUUGAUUGUAGACGAGAUCCUGAAAUUAUUUGAAUUAAAAUAAAUUUUUUUUCAUUUUUAGCAAUCUGAUUACAACCCUGAAUCUAGAAAUGUGAAAGUGUUUGAAAAUUACCAGAAGAGCUGUUCAUAUCCACCAACAGGUAACUGUCUUACAGAUCUCUUACUUCCAUUUUCCUAUACCUUUGUCCUUUCCCCUGUUAAUUUUUAUCACUCAACAAACUAUUUUUAUGUAAAUUUUUCUGUUUCUAAUAUUUUUCUUUAAAAUGUUAAUUUUCAAAUAUUAAUUUUUCAAACUGAAUUGUUACUAAACAAAGAAACAAAACUGAAAAUGUUUUUUAUAUCAUCAGUAUUUCAUAUUUUUAGAGAAAGAGGAAAAACUUCAUAGUAGCCUUAAAAAAACAGGGCAGUUGUAUGAUAUAACUGCCCCAUAUUUUUAAGGCCAUUAAGAAGUCUUUGUUCCUCUUUCCCUAACCCAAUUAAGCCCUCUGAUGUCCAAAUUCAUUAUUAUGUGCAAGGCCAUAACCCUAUAAAUCUAAAGAUCUGGACUAAAAUUCUCCCCACCAAAUUCUGCACAUUUUCUUCUAGGUAAGUUAGGAGAAUUAGGUACAGAUUUAAAAAUGACUUUCUCUAGUUCUAGGCCCCUAUGUGUGCUUUUCUCUGCCUAAAACUUGAGGAAUAGUCCCCCCCCCCUCCUUGGGUUACUUUAUAUCUACUCUGUUCAUGUCGCACAUUUUUGUCAGCUCAAGUCAUUUCUAACUUGUGCUUUGUUAACUGAUCUCUAGGUUCAACUGCUUACACAACAUCUACUUCAAAGACAGCAUCAAAAAAGAACACAACUUUCAUUACAGUCUCUGAUAUUCCAAUGGAACUGUCUAAACAAUUGCAAGCUAUUUUACACACAAAUCAAAGGACUGGUAAUGUCCUGAGAAAAGCUUUGCCAAAUAUUGAUCAAUACAACUAUGACUUUUCACUGGAGAGAGCUGUCAUCAGUUCAUUAGAGGGGAUUUCAUGACUUUUUAUCAAGCUCUGGAACAUUUGCAAAUUUGAUUUUGCACCACAAAGACUUCAUGGAUAAGUCAGGACAUUAGCGUUGAAUCCUUUCUCACCCUGAAGGGAAAAAUCUGUGGACUUUCUGCAUAUGUUACUACAAUGUCAUUCAGACAAUGAGUAGGGCUUAGAAAAUUACAUAAUACCAAAUUCUCAAGAAUAGCCGUCAUUGGGAUGUGUGGUCAUCUAUUAGGAAAAUUAACCCAUCAUUAGUCAGACCAGAGUAAAAGGGUUGAAAGAUUGAAACGGACAGCAUAUGGACUAGACUAGACUAGACUAGACUAGAAAGUAAAACAGUCAGAUUACUUGACGUGUCUUUUGUAAUUACAAUAGCAUGUAGUACAGGCGUCUUGUUAAUUUCUUUCUUUCCCCAGCCUUCCUCUUACAAUCAAAGAUAGCGGCUAUAGUUUUCCCUAAGAAAAAUACUGAGCACUCACUCCCUAAAAUUACAUCUGCUCUUUUGAUAUAGCUUAAAACAAUUUCAAUAUUUUUAAACAUCUAUUAUUUGAUGUAUACUGGCUUCCACAUUUUUCAUUUUUCUCCUUGAAAUUGUGUGAAAAAAACUCAAUCAUUUCACUUCAAGUUUUAAUCAUUUUUCUUACAAUUGGGGUUACUAUGGCAACAUUACAAGCUCUUAAAACAACCUUUUUUUGCCGCAUAUUUUUUAUGUCUAAAAUAAGUUUGCUGACCCUCUUUUUUUUAAUCACUGAAUAUUAAUCAGUUGCAAAGUUACAUAAAAAAUUUGUACAAAUAGUUCAGAGCCGCCCUAAUUCUUUUUAAUGUCAAAUACAGCUUUGUAAUAGAUGUAGGUACAUGACAUUAACCUGUAAAGAUAACCUUAAAACAUACAAAUGUUUUAUCUUGUAUGACAAAAUGUUUCUCUGGAUUGACGAUAUUUUACGUUAUAUUACGAAAUGACUCUUACCCCAGG